UGGUAUUUAGAAAGAAAUGAAACAUUUACUCUACCUAAUUUCAACAGUGAUUCUUCUAGCUUAGAAAAUAGUAAAAAAGCUAAAAAAUCUAGUUUAGAUCAAAAUAAGCAUAGCAAACUUAAAAGGCCUUUGAAGUAUACUGAAAAAGCAAGAAAAAAACCAAAAGAAGAAGAACUUAAAGAAAGCCACAAAAAUUUAGAAAAACCUGAAGAAAGUGGCAAAACUUCUGAAAGAAAUCAAGAUGUCCCAGAAGUAACUAAGGUAAAAGAAGAAGAAUAUAUCUCCAAAGAAGAUACUUCUGAAGAAGAUACUUUCAAAGAAGAUUAG